UGAAGAAAAAUGAGGAGGAGGGAGCUUGUUAUGUCAAGGAUGUCCGAUAUAAGUACGCGGGUUUACAAAACAGACACUUAGUUGUUUAAAACAACGGGUUUCCUGAAGUUUCAGUCACGAAGCGUGCGCAUCAAGAAAGGUGUUGUUUUCAAAGCGAUUUUUUAUUGUUGAUUCAAUAAUCGUAGUGUAAUUUGAAAGUGAAUAAAUUUCCAUACUACAAAAAACAAACUAAACUCGGAACCGUCGUUUUAAUAUAUCAUUCGUGAGUGUUUAAAAUUGAGUCUGCAGUUUACUUUAAACGUUAAUCCAAAACAUGUUUUAAACUUUUUGUGAAUCACACUCAGAUGCGCUACUAAUUGUUACAGUAGUUCUGUCUUUGUGGCGCAACAAAAUAUUAAGCGCAACAUGCAUAAGACACCAAACGAUUGGAAUAUUGACAUUCAUGACAGUGGAUCUGAAAGUACACCAUUACUUUCUUCAGAGUCCCAAGCGAGCACAGACUCUGUUAUAUUUCAAGACUCUGAAACAAGCGACUUGGAGUGUACUCCUACUAAUACCUAUUUCAAUUAUGGUAGCGUAGAAACUUGUAGCAUUAAGUCUACUGGUACUGUAAUACCAAAGAGACCGCCACCCCUUGCUCAAGAUCACGCAUUAGUUAUACCACUAUCAUUAAAUACGUCUUGUCCAUUAAAUGUAACACAAGACAGAUGUUAUGAAAUUCAUAAUACUGAUAUGAUAUUUAAUAACGAAAAAUAUGAAUCAAACAGUAAACAAUCUAUAUUGAAUGAUUUUACAAGUAAAUUUUUAUCUCAAUCUUGUUUGCUGGAACAAGAAGCUGUGUGCAAUGAUAUCAAACCAAAACAAAGCUCUUUAGUCACUGUGUUUUCGAUAUGGAACACUAUAUUAGGAUCAUCUAUGCUAACAAUACCUUGGGGUAUUCAAAUGGCUGGUUUUAUACCUGGUAUUAUUCUCAUACUUCUAAUGAGCGGUUUUUGUUUAUAUACAGCUUACUGUCUUCUUCUUGUACAUAAAUAUCAUGGUGGACACAAAGGUAUAGAAGUGAUGCAGCUAAGUCGAAUAUAUUUAAAUAAAUCGGCGGAAUAUGUUGCUAAAAUUUUUAGUAUUACUGUUUUAUUGGGUGCAACCAUUGCUUACUGGGUACUGAUGACUAACUUUUUAUACAAUUCUGUAAAUUUUAUAUAUGAUAGUAUAAUUGCAACACCAGAACAUUUUGCAGCAGACAAUGCUUCUCAUCCCUCAGAAGUAUUGUGCCCAAAGAACACUAUUUAUAAUAAUACCAGUAUAAUCCAUGAGAAUACAUACAAUACUUUAGGACCAAUUUGGGAUCUAUAUAAAACAGUUCCCAUUUUUCUUGGUUUAUUGAUAUUUCCAUUUUUAAAUUUUAGUAGUCCCACGUUCUUCACGAAAUUUAAUUCCCUUGGAACUGCAUCAAUCAUAUAUUUGAUUAUCUUUGUCUUGGUGAAAUCAGCAUCAUGGGGCAUUAACAUGGAUGACACAGAGUGGGAAAUUAAUUGGUCAUUGAAAUCCUCGUUUCCUGCUCUUUCUGGAAUGUUGGCAAUGUCAUUUUUUAUUCAUAACAUCAUAAUUACUGUAAUGCAAAGUAAUCAUGAUCAAAGUAAGAAUGGAAGAGACCUUUCUAUAGCAUAUCUUCUUGUUACGCUGACUUAUAUUAUAGUUGGUGUAGUAUUUUAUAUAUGUUUUCCCCUCAGCAAAUCAUGCAUCGAAGACAAUGUAUUGAAUAAUUUUCAAAAAUGGAGCGGCUUAACAGUCGGUGCUCGUAUCGUUCUACUUUUUCAAUUACUGACAGUUUUUCCAUUGCUUGCGUAUAUGUUACGCGUUCAAAUGCUUUCGUCGAUAUGCAAAACAUCCAACAGAUGCUGUGUCAUUUUAGUUAAUAUCAUUUUAGUAUGUGUGUGUAUUAUGUUUGCAGUUUUUGUACCAUACAUUGGUACAAUAGUACGAUAUACUGGUGCACUGAGUGGAUUUAUUUAUAUCUUUACAUUACCAAGUUUAUUGUAUUUAGCAAUUUUGAAAGAACAAAAAAAAUUGACUAUAUUCUCGAUGCUUCUGCAUACAAGUAUACCGAUACUGGGUUUUUUAAAUCUGAUGGCUCAAUUUUUCAUUACAGAAAAAUGAAUGUACUUAAUUUUUAUUUUUAAAAGUACUUAAAAAAUGCAGUUUUUUUCCUGGCAGUAUAUUUAAAAUGUAUGCAAUGUGUUUGAAUGUUGAUUGUAAAAU